AUGUCGACCAAAAAUCAACAUAGCCACCACCUGCAUCACCUUGGAAGUUGGAUGCCGGCCGAUCAUGAAGCUCACAGAGAAUGGCUGGGUGGAGUGAUUAAGCACGUUGACAAAAAUGAAAAAGAGUUGCACCCAGUCCUAAAAGAAUUUCAAGAUCUGAUCGAAAACAACACGCGGGUAUACAUGCUUAUCGAAGGAAUGUUUGAGGAAGUCCCAAAGAAGAAGCCCUACAGCCAAGAUCCAACUGGCCACCCCGAAAUUCGAGACUACAAGCAUUUCCUCCAGGUUCUCAACCAUAUCCUCACCACUGCCCCUUCGUGGACCGACAAAGCUCACCGUGUCGGUCUGGUCGGUUUACCCAUUAAUGCAGUCCUAGACUGGCCAAUGGGCACACCCAGUGGUUACGCCGCAUUCCUCGACACAGAGAUCAAUGCCAUGCUCAAAAAGAUUCUCGAUGUCUGGGGUGAAUUCUUGCGUUCGCCUGAAUCGGCCUAUGUUCUGAACUCUACAUCAAAUGGCUGGUUCGGCAAGACCGGCCACCAAGAUUUGACUACCGUCGCGAAGAUUGGUCCAACGGCAACUAAAACCCUCGAGUUCCACGAGAUGUUCCACUGUGACCCCUCUGCCCCGAAUUAUGGCUACAAGUCAUGGGAUGACUUCUUCACCCGUCUUUUCCGAGAUGGAAUGCGUCCAGUUGCGGAACCAGACAACAAUAAAGUUCUUGCUAAUGCGUGUGAGUCGAGACCAUUCCGGCUCGCGCACAAUGUCAAGGCCCGGGAUAGGUUCUGGAUCAAGAGUCAGCCUUACUCGGUGCUGGACAUGUUGAAUCAUGAUCAGUAUGCUCAGCAAUUUGUUGGUGGAACGGUAUACCAAGCAUUCUUGAGUGCGUUGAGUUAUCAUCGCUGGCACACUCCAGUUUCUGGAAAGAUUGUGAAAGCAUUCGUUGCAGACGGCGCAUAUUACUCUGAGCCAUUGUUUGAGGGCGUGGGGAAUCCACUGCCUCAUGCACAAGAUAUCGAUAUCGCCGGCCAGGUCACCUCGCAAGGAUAUAUUACUUCGAUUGCUACUAGGGCUAUCAUCUUCAUUGAGGCCGAUGAACCGGCCAUUGGCCUAAUGGCAUUCAUUGGUGUAGGCAUGGCCGAGGUUUCUACUUGUGAUAUCACCGUCAAGGAAGGUCAGCAUAUUAACAAGGGAGAUGAAAUUGGUAUGUUCCACUUUGGUGGAUCAACCCAUUGUCUUCUUUUCCGGAAGGGUGUUGACGUAUCCGGAUUCCCUGAACCUGGAAUGGAGGAGAAUAUGCCAGUCCGGAGCCGACUCGCUGUUGUUGCAUAA